CAUUUUGGCGCUGAAGAAGUGCUGACCGAUGAAGGCGGAAUAAUGGAAAAAAUCAUCGAUUUGAGGGAGCACGAUUUGCUGUAUCACAUGCGAGUAUGCAUUGAUUUGGAAAUAUUUGUUGGUGUCUGGUACUCCGUAACUGGCCGAGAUUUGGACCGAAAACCGGCGAUCAAACGGCAUCCAACACUCAUUGAUCCACCGGAACCGGUUAUUCUGGCUUAUGAUAUUGAAGUGACGAAAAUGCCGUUGAAGUUCCCGGAUAGCUCGUUCGAUGAAAUUAUGAUGAUCUCAUAUAUGGUGAAUGGAAUUGGCUUCCUGAUCAUCAAUCGGCACAUUGUUUCCGCAGACAUUGAUAAUUUCGAGUACACACCAAAGCCGGAAUAUAAGGGCAUGUUCCGAGUGAUAAAUUUGCCCACCGAGGAAGCUGUUAUCAAAUAUUUCUUUGAUCAUAUUCUUCGAUUGCGUCCUUCCAUUUUCGUUACUUACAACGGCGAUUCAUUCGAUUGGCCUUUUUUGGAAGCAAGAGCUGCAGUAUACGGGUACAUUAUGCUCAAGGAAAUUGGUUUUUCGAAAAAUCCAGCCGACGAAUACAGAAGUCCAAAUGCCGUUCAUCUUGAUGCUUUUAAGUGGGUGAAACGUGAUAGUUAUUUGCCGGUGGGAAGUCAGAAUCUUAAAGCAUGUACGAAAGCUAAACUACGUUAUGAUCCAAUUGAACUUGACCCUGAACAAAUGUGUAUAAUGGCCAGGGAACAACCGCAGACUUUGGCAAACUAUUCGGUGUCCGACGCAGUUGCGACGUAUUAUUUAUACAUGAAAUAUGUUCAUCCGUUUAUUUUUGCUUUAUGCACAAUUAUACCGCUGGGUCCUGAUGAUGUUCUACGGAAAGGUUCGGGAACAUUGUGUGAAGCGCUUCUGAUGGUGAGAGCCUUCCAAAACAAUAUAAUCUUUCCGAAUAAAACAUCACAAGAUGGAACAAAAUAUACACAGGAUGGCCACGUGAUCGAAAGUGAAACUUACGUUGGUGGACAUGUGGAAGCUUUAGAAUCCGGUGUCUUCCGCGCUGAUAUUCCAGAAAGAUUUCGGAUUGUCCCGGAAACAGUUUUGAAUCUGAAGCGAGACGUUAGAAAAGCUCUUACCGAUUCGUUGACGCGCGAAUUUGGGGUCGAUAUGAACGAGGUUGUUGAUUUCGACAGUGUCGCCAGGGAGAUCGAAUCACAGCUUGAUGAUUUCAUUAAACGACCACUGCGCCUCGAAAAUCCUAAAAUAUAUCAUUUGGAUGUGGGAGCGAUGUAUCCGAAUAUCAUUCUUACAAAUCGCCUUCAACCCCCGGCUGUUGUCACUAAUGAAGAUUGCAUUGCCUGCAUUUACAAUACACCCGAUGCAAAAUGCCGAAGAACAAUGCAGUGGGAAUGGCGUGGCCAGAUCAUGCCUGCGUCACGAGCUGAAUAUGAACGGAUUUUGCAACAACUGGAAAAUGAGAAGUUUGGAAAACCACCGAGGCCGUUUCACAGCUUGGACAGGGAGUUGAGGGCUCAGACUGAAAAGAAACGAGUUUUAGGCCUUUUUGUAACCGUUGUUUUUGUGAUGUUCCAGAAAGCAAAAGACGCCUUACAACAAGUGCCAGAGGAUGACUUACAAGGACUGAAAACAGCGCAAGGCCGUGUUGUCCUUUACGAAAGCCUUCAAAUUGCAUAUAAAUGCAUUCUCAAUUCAUUUUAUGGAUAUGUAAUGCGAAAAGGGUCACGAUGGUUUUCAAUGGAAAUGGCCGGAAUUGUAUGCCAUACCGGUGCAAAUAUCAUCACUGAAGCGAGGAAACUCAUUGAGCAUAUUGGCAAACCACUGGAACUUGACACGGAUGGAAUAUGGUGCUUAAUUCCGGGAACAUUUCCAGAAAAUAUUACAUUCACUUUGAAUAAUUCAAAGCGCAAAACGAUAACCAUAUCGUAUCCGGGUGCGGUUCUGAAUGCGCUUGUUUGUGAUAAAUUUACAAAUGACCAGUAUCACGAACUUCAACCAGACGGCACAUAUUCAGUAACAUCCGAGAACUCGAUAUUUUUUGAGGUUGAUGGGCCAUACUUGGCGAUGAUUCUUCCUGCUUCACGAGAAGAGGGCAAAAAGCUCAAGAAAAGGUUUUUACUGUUUUAG